AAACAAACAAACGAAAAAAUGAAAUUCCAAUUGAUCGUUUUGUGUGUUUCCCUUAUUGCCUGUGAUGUUAUGAGCCAGGAAAUGCAAGAUAAUAUGAUUGCUGAUGCAUCCGAAAUGGAUCUAGCUGUUGCUGAAACAGCAGGAGCUGGUGCCGUUGCUGGUGGUGCAGCCGGUGCUGGAGCUAAAGGUGCUAAAGCUGGUGCCGCUGGAUUUAAAGCUGGCGCCAAAGGUGGAGCAGCUGGUGGUGCUAAAGGUGGUAAAAAAGGAGCGUUUGCUGCCGGUGCCGCAGGUGGUGCUGCUGGCGUGAAAAAAGGUGGUAAAGCUGGUGCUGCCGGUGCUGCGUUUGCCAAGGGCGGAAAAUUUGGCAAAGCUGGUAAAUUCGGUAAAGUGGGUGGCGCUGGUUUUAACAAGAAAUUUGGCGCUAUAAAAACCUUUGGUAUGGCUCAAGGUUUCAAAUUCGGUAAAGCUGGUGGAGCAUUCGCUGCUGGUAAAGCUGCAGGUGCUGCCGGUAAAAAAGGUGGUAAAUUUGCCGCUGGUGGUGUUGCUGCUGGCAAAAAAGGUGGUAAAAAAGGUGUCAAAAAAGCAGGAGCUGCUGGUUUUGCUAAAGGUGGUAAAAAAGGUUUCGCUGCUGGUAAAGUUGCUGGUAAAAAAGGUGCUGCAGCUGGUGCUAAAGGUGCAUUCAAAAAAGGUGGCAAAAAAGGUGGAAAAGGAAUUGGCAAAUAAUAAUUCCAUACCCACACCACACACACACACACCUGAAAAAAUCGUGGAUUCAAAAUCAAACAAAAAUGAUUUGAGGCCAUAAUAAUAAGCUCAUUUAUUGUUAUAAUGUUGUUUUCAAGAGAGACAUAAAAUUUCUUUAAAUUCAUAAUUCAUUGUGAUCGAACGAGAGUUAUCCAUUUGAGAAUUAAACAGAAUGAAAAAAAAAUGAAAUGUAAACUUUUUAAAAAAUUUUUAAUAAAAAUUUUCAUCAAUAGAUGUCGCCAUUUGUUGUUUUUUUUGUCAAUCAUAUAAUGACAGCGAUUGAUUUGAACCUAGUCUGAUCAAAAUAGACAGACAAUGUAUUCGAAUUUUUUUUUGUUUCGGGCAUCCAAAAUCAAAGAAUUCGAUAACAUUCGAAAUUUGUAUCGACGAAAACAAUGAUUCGGACGCCGGCAUCAAAUCUUGAUAUUCGUUCAUCAUAUCCAUUCAUAUAUUAGUAUCAUUUGGUAAGAAAA